CGCGCUCAGCAGCCGGGGGGCAGCUGCGCUGCGCUGCGCUCUGCUCCGCUGUGCUCUGCUCGGCGCGGGGCAGGACAUGGCGUCGCAGCCUCCCCCCCCGAAGCCCUGGGAGAACCGGCGCCUCGCGGGCACCGCCGCCCCGGCUUUCCAGUCUGCUGACUUGAGUGCUGGCUUGCCAAUCAGGCCUGGACAGCCUGCGCUUACACGAGUAGCACCACCUAUUUUGCCAAGACCGUCACAGCAAACAGGAAACCGCAGCCUGAACACUUUCAGGCCUGCAUACAGCAACUCUUUUUCUCCAAGCUAUGGCACAUAUGGAAACUCCUUUUGCGGAAGCUACAGUCCUUACAGUUAUGGAUAUGGUGGUUUGGGCUAUAAUCGGUUUCGUGUAGAUGAUAUACCUCCCAGCAGGUUUGUUCAGCAAGCUGAAGAGAGCAGCAGAGGUGCGUUUCAGUCUAUUGAAAGCAUCGUACAUGCAUUUGCUUCUGUCAGUAUGAUGAUGGAUGCUACUUUUUCAGCUGUUUAUAACAGUUUCAGGGCCGUUUUGGAUGUAGCCAAUCACUUCUCCCGACUGAAAAUACACUUCACCAAGGUGUUCUCAGCUUUUGCGUUAGUGAGAACUAUAAGAUACUUCUAUAGGCGGCUGCAGAGGCUUUUGGGUCUGCGGAAGAGCUCUGAGAAUGAGGAUCUGUGGGCUGAAAGCAAAGGAACAGUGGCUUGCAUUACCUCUGAAGACAGGGCAGCCAGCUCAGCAAAAUCGUGGCCCAUUUUUCUUUUCUUUGCUGUUAUUCUUGGAGGUCCCUAUCUCAUCUGGAAGCUGCUGUCUACGUACAGCGAUGAAGAAACAGUGUCUAGUAACUGGGCAAGUGGAGAAGAUGAUCAUGUAGUAGGAAAAGCAGAAUACGACUUCAGCACGGUUUCAGAAGAAGAAAUUUCUUUCCAUGCUGGUGACAUGCUAAAAUUAGCCCCCAAAGAACAACAGCCUAAAAUACGUGGCUGGCUUUUGGCUAGUGUUGAUGGUCAGACAACAGGACUUGUACCAGCUAAUUACAUCAAAAUAUUGGGUAAAAGAAGAGGUAGAAAAACAGCAGAAGUGGAAAGGAUGACAGAACAACAGCCAGCUUUUACCAACACAUCAUCUGUUAGAGGAACCACCACUGUUGACACGUUAGAGGAGCAGGAAGCUGCCUUCGAAUCUGUUUUUGUUGGAACUGACAAAGUUCCUGUCAGCUCUGACUCCACUGUGAUUGUUGGAGAGAAACAGGAACUUUGAUAAGCAUAGUUCAAUCACUGAGUUUAUUGAUGAUAAUUUUGAUAUGUUGAAAACCAUAUUGUAGCAGAACACUUGUGGAACUAUCCCAUUGGUAAUGUCUGGUGAAGGGAUAGCAAAAUAAUUUGCCCAAACUGUAAUAGCAUGCUUGGUUCAUUUAAAGUUGUUCAUUUGUGGCCCUGCCUGACAAUCUAGUGGCAGUGCUAACAUCUUGGGCCAUGGGGAGUUUAGAACUUUAUAGAAGAAACAGUAAAAUAAUGCUUUGCAUCUUUAGCAACCCAUUUCAAUCAGCUUGGAGAAUGUGCUGAUGAAUUCUGGAGGUUGCUGCAUCUGGUCCUUGCAGGAGAAAGAGCUGGCUUGAUAGGAAGCCUUUGCAGAGGUAGGCAAAGGAUUGUUUUUGGCUUAAGUUAGUGCUUCCACUAUUGCAGAGAAAAUUAAGACUUCAUCCCUUUAUUAUAAAAAGGUGACUGUCUUUAAAAGAAGACAACUAUUGUGAAAGGAAAAACAUUCAUUUCUGUUCUAAGCAGACGUAUGCUACUAGGACUUUUCCUCUAUUGUAACAUUCUUAAAAAAGAGAGAGGUGUCAGGAAUAAGACAAAAGAUCUAGUUUGUAAUCGCCACACUCUAGUCCCUACUUUGAAUUGUCUAGCUUCCAGCCAAGCAUAUUCAGGACACAGUCCUUUAUCAAUACUCCCUCUGUAUCACUUCCAGCCAGGUAUUAUACCUUGUCAGAUUCUAGCAACCUUUACCAUUUGGGUGUAAAAGUAAUUCUAACCUUUAUACCCAAACCACUGUGUCUAUUUUGCUGUUUUCUUUCCGAAUUUUGUAAGAAAAUCCAACUUGCUAUUUUAAUAUAGCAGAACUCCUUCUCUCCUGAUAAUCCUAGAGAAUAGUAAACGUGAAUUAAAGCUGUCUGUUAGUGUGCCUCAUCAUGAAGGAGCUUGAGUUUUCUGCUAAGUUAAUUUUUCCUGCUGUAGUUCCAGCUUUAAUUCUGGUCUCUGCCCCAUAAUAUAUGAGCUCCUAGUAUAUCACAAGUCACAAUGGCGUCAAAACAGUGUACAUAAUACUUUAUUCACAACUACUUUUGUGAGCUCUGUAUCAGAAGUCAUAUGAAUAUUUACUUUUCUGGGAAACAAAAGGGCUCAUCUACACAUGCCCCUAUGGCACCAUUGUUACAGCACCAUCAUUUAGUAGUUCCUUUAGGAAGUACUGUCAUUUAGUAAAGGAAGUAUUAAAGGAAGUACUAAAUGACAGCACAGUAAUAGCUGUUACUGCACUGUGCCAACAGUGCAGUUAUUUUUAGCCUGUAUGUCGCUGUAGCAACACACUAUAGCAAGGGAGCGUGUCACUAUGGUGGCAUAGCAUGGUUUAUGCCUGCUGUACAUUGCUGUAGCAUCUUGUGUACAUGUGCCCAAAGUGAGGUAAAACUUCAGGUUCUUCUGUAAGGAUUCAUUCCCAUUAAUAUUUGGCUCAGUCAAUGGAGCAUCAUUUUCAGUUCAGGUCAUAUUAAGUACCCUCCUUUUUAAAAAGGCAUCCUAAAAUACUAGGUAAUAAAGGCAGUAUACAUGUAUACAAAAAGUAUUAUAAUUCUUUAUGGUAAUGCAUGUUCCUAUAGGGAUCUUCAGAACCAGCUGCAUUGUGAGUUUCAUUAGUGCAUAUAUACUUUAAACACAUUUGCUGGGUUUUUUGUUGGGGAAUUUGUUGUGAAUAUAACUGCUAAGACAUUUAGAGCAGGUCAUGUUUAACUCCAGGUUGGCUGAAUGACAGUAAACAGGUGGUAUAUUGGACCUUUUGAUUCUCGGGUAACCUCAGGACUCCCGCUGUUUUAAAGUGGUAGGGGCUAAGAGUAUAAGUUGUGGUGCUCAUUGGUUGUUUUCUAAGAGUAUGGAUGUGAUGGGGCAGGAAAAGGAAAAAGCCAAGCUGUAAAUGAAAGAAUAUGUGAAAGAGUCUUUGAGAUGCACUUAAAUCAGAAUAGAUUCCUGAGACUUUCUCAGCAUGUCAGUGCAGCAGAAAAGAGCUGCAACUACAGUUGGAUGCAACUCCCUUUGCUGCAGAAAUUAACAGAAACUGAAGAGUAGAAUGUAUUUCAAAAACAUACUUAAAAUUUUAUAUCAAUGUACAGUUCCUACCCAUGGUUCAUAUUCAUGAUGGAAUUAAUUUACUAUUGUUGUGUUUGGUUUUUACUAAUGAAACAUCAACCUCUUAUAUCAGCAAAGGAUUUUAAUUGGAAUAGCAGUCCUUUUUUAAAACAGUUUUUUAAAGUGUCAGUUGAAAUAAGCUUCUACUUUCUGAUCCAAAUUUGACAAGAAAACAAUUUAAAGAGAACGAUUAUUAGGAUCUUGAAAUCUCAUUAAUUUUUAAAGGCAUAGGCUUAACUUUCACUUAAUACAGUUUUAGAUCAUACUCUUUUAAAAGUAUGCUCUGGUUUUAAAAAAAAAGGGAUAGCUUAUACAUCAUCUUUCAUUAGUUAACUUGUCUUACUUUGUAGUAAAUUGAUUUAAUCUUUCAAAUCAUCAUAAAUGUCAUCACAGUGUAUACGGUAUCUUGAAUUUUGGUCCUUUCAAUUUUGUACUUGCUUUAACGAAAGGGGGCUGAAAGAAAAUGGUGAACUAAGUUAUUUUAUUAAAAAUUAUUGUGAAAUUAUAUUGUGUAAUUGUAUUAAAAAUCAUUUGAAACAGGCUGUGUAACUGGGAUAGGCUAAUUCCUUAAGAAAAAACAAUGCUAGUUUGGUGUUUAAAAAAAAUUUAGGAUACACUUUGCAGUAAUGUCUAGGUGACUCAAAUUUAUGGACACUUAAUCUCUUAAUUCCCAAAGAUUUUUGUUGUUUUGAAACUGUAGGG